AUGUCGAUUGCGGCAACACCGGCCCUUGUUAGGCCAUUUUGCUAUGAUAAAAGUUUUAAAGUUGAUGUUCAACUGGGGGAACCUCUGCUCUGCCCAUCUCACUCUGAAAAUGCAAUCCAACUGGAUUUAAUUGCUCUCUGUGCAGAACUAGAUCUCCUGUGUCAAAAGGAACUUGCUGAGCAUCCUCAGCAUAAAAUUGAAAAAGGCAAUGUUAGCCGCUCUUUCAAACAUAAAACCGCUGUGAUAAUGGAUCAGAUGGAAUAUUUUUUAAGGUGCCUUCCUCUUUCAUCUCCUUGUCAGAAACUUCUUUCCAAGGACAGCUACCUGUUAUGUUUAUAUCCUCGUGCAGCAGCAGUGAUUGCAAAUCAAGACGGGUUUAGCAUGACAAAUUCUGAAUGUGAUAUGGAUGCUUAUUUUCCACAAAUGGCUACAUUGAACCAGAUUCAUAUAUUAGCAUCACAAAUUCAAGAUGAUCUCAGAAGUCAUAACAUUACACAUCUGGCGCACAAGGUUUCAUUACUUUUUCAAUCAAUGAACAACAUUGGCAAUAAUUCUGUGUUUAUAGAAGUGAAAAAAAGCAUUGAGGAUAAUUUCCAUGUUUUAAAGACUAAUUCCAAAAGUGAUUCCACUGACCUUCAACCCCAAGUGAAGCAAUGGCUUGACAGUCUCUUGUCUACUGUUAUAGAAUCAACACUAUCUCUUCCAUGGUUGAAUCUAAGAUUUAGCUCUGCGAAAUGUUUUUUUUUUUUUUCAUACUACUGCUGA